CCGCGGUUGCCGGCAGCCGCGGGGAAGGGGGAGGGCGCGGCGGAGCCUUAGGUACGUGGGGCCCGGCACGGCGCCGUGGGGUGCCCCCCGCUACCCCCGGCCCGGCCACGGCAGCCCUGUUGCCGUCCAGGCUCGCUUGUCGAGGUAGGUGCCCCCCCAGUCCCUCCUCAGCCCUCGGGGCCGGCAGGGAUGCCGUGGGGACAUGGCUUCCCCCGCAUGCGGGAACCCCGCGCUCCCCCAUCUGUCCCAGCCCACCUGCAGUCACCUGCUCGGGGCUCGCGACCCAUGGGCGCGGGAGGUUCAUCUAUCCCUUCCCAGCUGCCGGAGCCAGACGGAUGGCGAGGUCCAGCUGCUGCUUUUCAUGAAGAUCCCUGCACUGUCCCCGGCCUCUCAGGGCAGCCCAGCACCUCGGGGGUGGGCAACAAGGAGAACUAGCACAGACUGCGGGAAUGGCUUCCAUCCCUCUAUGCACCAAUGUACCAAUGCCCAAGCAUGGGGCAACCACAGUCUCCUGUGCCCAAGUCAACGUUGGGAUGCCAAGUAGGCUGAGGAAUAGUUGGGACACUGAAAAAAAGGCGCUGCAGAGCUCUGAGCCAAGUCAGGUUGGAAGAUGGCCGAGAAGCUGGUGCCUGGGGACCUGUUCUCGAGGAAGACCCGGGAAUCAGUGUCAUCCCUGGACUUAGACAAGCUGGCACCCAUCUCACCCGAGGCUGGUGGUGAGGAGUCGUCCGACAGCGAGGGCGAGCAGGAGGACAGUUCUCACAAGCUCAUCCGGAAGGUUUCCACCUCAGGGCAGAUGAGAAGCAAGAAGAGCGUAAAGGAGGGGCUGUUGCUGAAGCAGACGAGCUCCUUCCAGAGGUGGAAGAGACGAUACUUCAAGCUGCGAGGCAGGACACUCUAUUAUGCUAAGGAUGCCAAGUCCCUGAUCUUUGAUGAGGUGGACCUGUCUGAUGCCAGUGUGGCCGAGACCAGCACCAAGAACAUCAACAACAGUUUCACGGUGAUCACACCAUUCAGGAAGCUCAUUUUAUGUGCGGAGAACCGGAAGGAGAUGGAGGACUGGAUCACGGCCCUGAAAUCUGUCCAGAAGUGGGAGAUCCAUGAGGCCACACAGUUCAACAUGGAGCACUUCUCGGGCAUGCACAACUGGUACGCCUGCUCCCACGCCCGCCCCACCUUCUGCAAUGUGUGCCGCGAAGCUCUUCCAGGGGUCACCUCCCAUGGCCUCUCCUGUGAAGUCUGCAAGUUCAAGGCACACAAGCGCUGUGCCGUCAGAGCCACAAACAACUGCAAGUGGACGACUCUGGCCUCCAUUGGCAUUGAAAUCAUCGAGGAUGAGGAUGGGGUGGCCAUGCCCCAUCAGUGGCUGGAGGGGAAUUUGCCCGUCAGUGCACGCUGUGCUGUCUGUGACCGGACCUGUGGCAGUGUCCGGAGGCUGCAGGACUGGCGGUGUCUCUGGUGCAAGGCCAUUGUUCACAGUGCCUGCAAGGAGCUUCUUGGCAAGAGGUGCCCCCUGGGCCAGUACAAAGUGUCCAUCAUCCCCCCAACUGCCUUGAACAGCAUCGAUUCUGAUGGUUUCUGGAAAGCCACCUGCCCCUCGACCUGCUCCAGCCCUCUCCUGGCCUUUGUCAACUCCAAGAGUGGGGACAACCAGGGUGUCAAGUUUCUGCGCAAGUUCAAGCAGUUUCUCAACCCAGCCCAAGUCUUUGACCUCAUGAAUGGGGGCCCACACCUGGGGCUGCGCCUCUUCCAGAAGUUCUCCACCUUCAGAAUCCUGGUGUGUGGUGGGGAUGGCAGCGUGGGUUGGGUGCUCUCUGAGAUUGAUGCCCUUGGCCUCCACAAGCAGUGUCAGCUGGGUGUCCUGCCGCUGGGGACUGGUAAUGACCUUGCACGAGUCCUGGGUUGGGGCAGCCUAUGUGACGAUGACACUCAGCUGCUGCAGAUCCUGGAGAAGCUGGAAAGGGCCACCACCAAGAUGCUGGACCGGUGGAGUGUGCUUACCUAUGAGGCCCCCAAGCAGUCCCCCUCAGCCCUGAAGGAGGAGGAAAAUGGGGACUCCAACAUCCAGGUCCAGAUCUCCCAUUACGCGGACUCUGUUGCCUUUCACCUGGCCAAGAUCCUGGAGUCAGACAAGCACUCAGUAGUGAUCUCCUCUGCAAAGUUCCUCUGUGGCACUGUCAAUGACUUUGUGACUGAAGUUGGACAGGCUUACAAGAGGGCAACGGAGAACAAGCAGGAGGCUGAGCUGAUGGCACGGAAGUGUGCCAUGCUGAAUGAAAAGCUGGACUCGUUGGUGCGGGAGCUGAAUGAGGAAGCUCAGGCCAUCAUGACCCCUGAAGAAAUGGCACAGGCCACCCAUGCUGAAGUCAAGGACCAGGAGAAAGCUGGCAGUUUCAGCAUCAACCCCCAGCCUCGCAUCUUCAAAUCCAAGGAGCAGCUCAUGCUGCGGGCAAACAGCCUGAAGAAAGCCCUGAGGCAAAUCAUUGAGCAGACAGAGAAAGCUGUGGAUGAGCAGAACAAGCAGACCCAAGCCUACCAGGGCAGUGUGGGCCCCAGCAAGGACAGCUCGGAGGAGUUAAAGAAGGAGGAGGAGAAGCUCACUACCUCCCUGUCACCCUGGCCAGCCUCCCAGCGGGUGACGGUGACCUCUGCGUCUUCAUCCAUCAUCCUGGACCGGCCAGACACCUUUGGCAGCUUGCAGUUCCCUGAAGACCCCAGCACCCUACACUUCUUGGAGAAAUGUGUAAUGAAUAACUACUUUGGCAUCGGCCUGGAUGCAAAAAUCUCCCUGGAGUUCAACAACAAACGCGAUGAGCACCCCAAGAAGUGCAGCCGCACCAAGAACAUGAUGUGGUAUGGGGUGCUGGGCACAAAGGAGCUCCUGCAGCGCACUUAUAAGAACCUGGAGCAGCGGGUACAGCUUGAGUGUGACGGGGUGCCUAUCUCACUGCCCAGCCUGCAGGGCAUUGCUGUCCUCAACAUCCCCAGCUAUGCUGGGGGCAUCAACUUCUGGGGAGGCACCAAGGAGGACAAUAACUUUGGGGCUCCAUCCUUCGAUGACAAGAAGCUGGAGGUGGUGGCAGUCUUUGGCAGCAUCCAGAUGGCCGUGUCACGGGUCAUCAACCUCCAGCACCAUCGCAUUGCUCAGUGCCGCGUGGUGAAGAUCACCAUCCGGGGCGACGAGGGUGUCCCUGUGCAGGUGGAUGGAGAGGCCUGGAUCCAGCCACCUGGCAUCAUCAAAAUCCAGCACAAGAACAGAGCCCAGAUGCUGACAAGGGACCGGGCAUUUGAAAGCACCCUCAAGUCUUGGGAGGACAAGCAGAAAGGAGAGAGCUACCGUGCAGCCACACGGCCACGGCUCAGCUCCCAGCAGUCCAUGGAGUACCUGACUGAGGAGGAGAGCAGCCUCUUGCAGCAGGUCUCACAGAUCGCUGAGACCCUCAUUGCCAGGAUCCAUGAGGCAGCCAAGGCUCACAAAGCCAUGGAGCAGGAGCUGGCACAUGCAGUCAAUGCCAGCUCCCUGGCACUGAGUGAAGCCCUCUCCCACAAAGCUGCUGGCACCUCAGAGUUUCUCAGCAGGAAUGUGGCUGUGGAGAUGGUGCUGAGCAUCAAAGAGCUGUGGGCUGAGACCAGGGCAUUCCUGGAAGGGAAGGCGCUGGACUCACCGCAGGAGGAGGAGGCGCUUCAGGGCCCCCUGAGUGUGCUGGGCCAGGAGUUGCAGCGGCUGCUGGACAUCCACUGGCUGGGCCCUAUUGCCCACCCUGCUGAGGAGGAAGGUGCCAGCAAGGGCAGCUUUAAGCUUCGCCUCAACAUCCCCAAGUCCAGGAAGGAGAAGGACAAGCUGCAGAAGCAGAAGGCCAACAGUGUGCUGCCAGCAGACAAGUGGGGCUCCGAGGAGGUGGCAGCUUGGCUGGAAACGCUUGGUUUAGGGGAAUACAGAGACAUUUUUGUCCGGCAUGACAUCCAGGGCUCAGAGUUGAUUCUGCUGGAGAGGAGAGACCUUAAGGACCUGGGGAUCACCAAAGUGGGCCAUAUGAAGAGGAUCCUUCAGGCCAUUAAGGAGCUCAGCAACCUGCCCUAGGCUGACAGCAGAGCAGCAGCGCAGUCCAGGUGCUGGGUGGGUGCUGCUCCCAGGAAACAGGGGUUGGGUAGGGGAACAAGUCCCUGCUCUUGCCCCAUAUGAAUGGAGCCCCCCCUGCUUGCCUUGCUUUAACUCUCUGACCCCAGUAACCCUUUAGCCACUGCUUCUCCCCCAGCCUAUGGGGCUGGAGACACUGAAGCAGAGGUCUACCCUGAUAGGUGUGUGAUCUGACCACCAGUCCCGCCCCAUCAGGGUCACUGUAGGACCUGGGGCCACCCUCUGUGUGCUCAAGCUGGAGCCAAAGCAAAGUUUCCCCUUCCCUAUGUGGGUAUUUAUGCUGUGUAAAUAUUUGGAGAGAAGAUACUCAUUGCUGCUGCU